GUUACCCAACACUUCGUCCUCACACACCUAUCGUCUCAUAUCAUGGGAAAUACUCCAAGUCAGAGACGCGAAUCUCCUUUCGGGUCCAAGCCCUCAAGUACGCGCAGCCUACCGCCUCAGCCGGGCGAUUUAAUGCCGGGCGAGUUGGCGCAGACACCGAGGGAGGAGAUGGAAGGUAUUCUGGCGGCGAAAGGGCUCUUGGGGAUAUUAGGAAUAGAGACACCAAGAGCAGACAUGAGGUUUACAGGGCACGUGAACAGAGAAGGGAGCGCAGUGGAUCAGAGGGAGGGCGAGAGAAGGACCGGGGGUAUCGCCAGCAGUGCUAACGAGAAUCCGGUCGAGCCAGAGCGACAAGAGGAGCACCAUACGGAGACGCACACUGGAGACGCCAAGGCGGAGGCACAGACAGAGGAAAAUGGACAUCAGGCAGAGCAGGAGCGGGACGUCAUAUCAGGGAAGAGUGAGGCCAGAUCACAUGAGACACAUGUCGAAGCCAUCCAGCUCAAUCCAGAGAGGGCACCCCAAAAGCUGGAGGCCAUCGAGGAGGAAAAGGAGUUCGGAAGAGUGCGUACAGAAGAAUUGAAAGCCGAGGAAGACUGGAGGCAGUCCGGAGCACUCGAUGAUGAGACGCCGCUCAAGACGCUUAUCAACGAGAUAGUCCAAGCUAGGCAAGAGGAGACUAACAAGUCUGUCAUCGAAGGACACGAGAAUUGGUUAGAAGACAUCGCCAGCAACCUCCCAAGUCGCGCAAUGGAACAGCUGAAUCGCGUCAGAGAACGUUACUCUGCGCACUUUACGAUGUCUUCUCCUAUACAGGACGCUUCGGUUCUGCCAGCCCAGGAUGAGGCGCAAGGCGGGGAGCAAGAAUCGCCGAUCACUCAUGAACGACCUGAGAGCCGCUUGGAUGAUGAGGACUACUCCCGAAGGCGCUUUGAGGAGCAGUUGACGCCUGUCAACGAAAGGGCUAUUGUCGAGUACCGAAUGCCGUCCCCCAUACCUGACGCUUCCCCCAAGCGCCAGGAAUAUCCCCUGCAGAUCCAAAGCAAUGUGUACGACGGCGAGCAAGAAUCGCCGUACUAUCGAGAUGUCGAAGAGGGGUCGCAGCUCUCAUUUCCGCUCUUAAAACCCAUCGCUAUUCCAUCCGCUCCAGACUAUCAAUCGCUGCCGACACCGAAAUCAAAUCACACGCCUCCUAGGUUGAUGUCGGGCGUGUACAUCAUGACGGACGCAAUUUGGGGUACGGCACUGGACCUCCAUGGAGGUGACAACACCUCGGCCAUUGCGUAUGAUAUGCAUGGCGGGGAGAACCAGCAGUGGGAAUUUUCGUCUCUUGGUUCUGGAUAUGCCAUCAGAAACAUGCGCAGUGGAUCAUAUUUGAGCAUCGAUGGGAGACUGGAGGCAGGCGUCCCGAUCGUUGCGAUCCCUUAUCGGGUCAGUUGGGAUGUCGAAAUCGUCGAGAUCCCGGGCACGGAGAACGAAGAUGAAGACGAGGCCCUUGUGAGAAUCCGCUGGCCGUACACAGAUCUGGUAUUCUCGUUCCAAAACGCAGCAGCAGGAACGCAGGCCAUACUUGCUGAACAAGGAUCGGCUAGUAGCUGGCACUGGCGGCUACGUCCGUACGCUGGCACGCCCCCUGCAGCAUCACAUCAAAAAAUCAAGACCUUUGACAGCAGAGAAGAAACUGACGGUAAAUUCAAGACAGUAACGAUGACCACGACUACGACGACCACGACUGUUACGACGGUGACGAGAGUGACAUCAAUGAGGAGCGAAAUAUAAUCUCGAAAAUGACAAGAGCGAACUCACAUUCAUGGCUGGCUUCAUGGACGUAAUAUCUCUAAUUAUUGGCUUCUUAAUGUUCGGAGCGAGCGAUGCGAUAGGCGUCGUGAUAUGCAAUAGUUUGUCGAUGUCUAACAUAGGAGUUCAAUCAGUGAACGAUAGACUUAUUUAUGCUUUCAAGU